GAUGAAGUCUAUGCUACUAGGCAAGGCCCUAUCAAGAACCUGAAACUAGAUGAUUUGAUGAACCAGCUUGCUGCCCAUGCCAUCACCACCAUCACCACCGCUGCCGCUAUCACCGCUGGUGGUCAUACCAAUCAAUGGGAUAGCCACCAGUGCUACUACUGUGAAUGA